AUGGGGAAAAGAUAUUUCAAGAUGCUCGCACAACGGGCGCAACGCGGGGACCUCGGCGCCGGUGCAAUGGACUCCGCCGGUGCGGACACCGACCGCGUGUCCUCUGGAUCCCUCGCCACGACCGCCGCCCGCGUCGUCGUGGUCGUCGCCGGCGCGUGCGCCGUGGCGGGCGGCGGCUAUCUCGCGCAUCGCGCGUGGAACAGUCACAGGCGCAGGGUCGCCGAGGAGGGCGGCGGGAGGAAGGUCGUCUACCUCAUCAGGCACGGUCAGUCCACUUUCAACGCCGCGUACGAGCAGACGGGCGUGGACCCCAUGCUCUUCGACGCGCCCCUGAGCGCGCUGGGGGUGAGGCAGGUGGCGGAGCUCGGCCGCUCUCUCCGCGCCAGCGCCGACGGUUCCGUGUACAACGACGACGACGACGGCGGCGGCGACGACGGGAGCGGCGAGAGCGGCGGGGGAAACGGACGCGCGCACGACAGGUUCAAUCCCAUGCCCCAGGUGGUGUUGACGUCCCCGCUGACGCGCGCGCUGCAGACGGCGACGGGCGCGUUCGAGGGGCUGGGGAUCAAGGUGGAGGUUCUCCCCGACCUGCGCGAGCGGCUGACCGAAUCGUGUGACGUGGGAAGGCCCACGGACGAGCUCCGGCGCGACUUUCCCAACGUGGACUUCUCCGCGCUGCUCGUUCAUUCGCGCGGCACGCCCGCGUCCACGCCCACGCGGGAACGAUUGGCGGCGGCGGCGGCGGACACAGCUGGCGUCGGCACAGCUGGCGUCGACGUCAACGCCCCGGGGAUACAAACGGCGUCGCUGAAAGAAGCCGCCGCGGCGGACGAACUCGAACGCGAGGCCGAACGCGCGCGGAUGCGGGACGGGAUCUGGUGGUACGUCGACCCGGACACGGACCACAGUGCGGUAACCCCGGAGGCGUGCAGGCGCGAUUUCGCGACGUACGGUUACGUCGAGCCCGAACACGCGGCGAAGGCUCGGGCGGCGCGGGUGCUUCGCGCGAUUCGUCAAAGGCCCGAGCGGUGCGUCGCGCUGGUGGGUCACGCGGAUCUGUUCAACCUGCUCGCGGCGAGGAUAGACCCGCGCGGGGAGGAGCUGUGGCUGGAGAACUGCGGGGUGGCGUCGUACGCUGUGGCGCCGCUGGCGGUGCCGUUCAGAUCGCCGUCCGCCAAGGGUAGCGCCGCGGCGUGA